AUGUCCUCCCUUGAUCCGGCUGCGGACCAGCCGGAAACACCUCUGCAGCACGACCAGGCUCUCCUCGUCGACAAAGCGGUUUCUCUCACACUUGGCAGCGACUCUCUCCUGAUCGUGGAUGAUCGCACAUCUCGCAAACCGGACCGGAGUUGCUGCGGAUUAUGCAAGAGUAAGCCGGGUCCCUCCACCCCCUCCGGCGAUCUCGAUAAAACGAAGACAACACAUGCCGUAUCGUUGUACAAUAUCCUUGACGCCGAAGUGAAUCCGUCCAGUCUGGUCAUCACCUAUGCGCAGCCGUCGACCAAAAACGAUGUUGAAGUGACCGCUCUUCAUUAUCCCAUCGCCGAGAAAGAGAAGCCCGCUGCAGAGGCGUGGGUUCAAAAUCUACUAGAUUUGGCAUACGGUAUUGCCCAACGCAGGAAGCGACUGAAAGUCCUGGUCAAUCCUUUCGGUGGAAAAGGGACAGCCGCGAAUUUGUACAAGACUUAUGCGGCGCCAGUAUUCGCAGCAGCCCGCUGUCAUGUGGAUGUACAAAACACCGAGUACCGGGGACACGCUAUCGAAAUCGCGGAGCAGCUCGAUCUCGACGCAUACGAUGCCGUCAUCUGUUGCUCAGGCGACGGUCUGCCAUACGAGGUCUUCAACGGACUUGGCAAACGAUCCAAUGGCCGGGAGGCGCUGGCCAAAGUGGCAGUUGCGUUGCUUCCUUGUGGCUCUGGCAACGGCAUGACAUGGAACUGCCUUGGAACAGGAAGCGUAUCAAUUGCUGCUUUGGGAAUUGUGAAGGCAUUGCGUACCCCUCUGGACUUGGUCUCGGUCACACAGCAAAACUCUCGUACUCUGUCUUUCCUGUCGCAGUCCUUCGGAAUCGUCGCCGAAUCAGACCUGGGCACCGAUAACAUCCGAUGGAUGGGCGCACAGCGGUUCACGUACGGCUUUUUGGUUCGUCUUAUGCAGCGCACGAUAUAUCCCUGCGAUCUGGCCAUCAAGGUCGAAAUCAACGACAAAAAGGCCAUCAAGGAUCACUACUCGACCUAUAUAUCUCAGGAAGAGGAUCCUUUGGCGGAUCGCUUGCGACUUGAGGCUGCAAGCGAAGCGCCAGCACUACCAGAGCUUCAAUAUGGAACCGUCCAGGAUCAAGUUCCCAAGGACUGGGAAGUUGUGCCUGGUGAGCAUAUGGGCAACUUCUAUGCGGGUAACAUGGCAGUCAUGUCCAAGGAUACCAACUUUUUCCCCGCUUCUCUACCAAACGAUGGAUUGAUGGACAUUGUCACGAUUGAUGGUACCGUUAGUCGCGCUACCUCACUCAAGAUGAUGAACGAGAUCUCGACUGGCGGAUUUUUCGAUAUGCCCGACGUGAUCAUUCGCAAAGCCAAGGCCUUCCGCCUAGUGCCCCACGAAAAGGAAGGCUAUAUCAGCAUCGACGGAGAGCAGGUACCCUUCGAGGCGCUCCAGUGUGAGAUCCACCAAGGCUUGGGCACCGUGCUCUCCAAGUCGGGACGUAUGUACGAGGCCGAAGGCCCAAGGUGA